AACUACAUCUCCCGGCAGCCGCCGCGUGUUGAGGGUUUCCGGCGGUGAACCGGAAGGCGCGGUGAGACAGCAGCAAUGGAGGAGCUGGGGGUGAUGGUGGAGCGAUUACAGGAUGACAUUCCUGCGCUGAUGUCGUCCAGGCCUCACACUGGCCUGUCCUUUCUUGCCCCUGAGCCUGAGGAUUUGGAGGAUCUGUACACUCGUUACAAGAAGCUGCAGCAGGAGCUGGAGUUCCUAGAGGUGCAGGAAGAGUACAUUAAGGAUGAGCAGAAGAACCUGAAGAAGGAGUUCUUGCAUGCCCAGGAGGAAGUGAAGAGGAUCCAGAGCAUCCCGCUGGUCAUUGGGCAGUUCCUGGAGGCAGUUGACCAGAACACUGCCAUCGUGGGCUCCACCACGGGCUCCAAUUACUACGUGCGGAUCCUGAGCACCAUUGACCGGGAGCUGCUGAAACCCAACGCUUCAGUCGCUCUGCACAAACACAGCAACGCCCUCGUCGAUGUCCUGCCCCCAGAGGCCGAUAGCAGUAUCAUGAUGCUGACCUCAGACCAGAAGCCGGACGUGCUGUACUCCGAUAUCGGAGGCAUGGACAUCCAGAAGCAGGAGGUGCGAGAGGCUGUGGAGCUGCCCCUCACUCACUUUGAGCUCUACAAACAGAUCGGCAUUGACCCUCCGCGCGGGGUGCUGAUGUACGGCCCACCAGGCUGUGGGAAGACCAUGCUGGCGAAAGCUGUGGCUCAUCACACAACAGCUGCCUUUAUCCGUGUGGUGGGCUCGGAAUUUGUCCAGAAGUACCUGGGUGAGGGGCCCCGCAUGGUCAGGGACGUUUUCAGACUGGCCAAGGAGAACGCUCCAGCGAUCAUCUUCAUCGAUGAGAUCGAUGCGAUCGCAACCAAACGGUUUGAUGCUCAGACGGGAGCGGAUAGAGAGGUACAGAGAAUCUUACUGGAACUCCUGAACCAAAUGGAUGGGUUUGACCAGAAUGUCAACGUCAAGGUGAUCAUGGCUACCAACCGCGCGGAUACGUUGGACCCAGCCCUGCUACGGCCCGGGCGGCUGGAUCGUAAGAUUGAGUUCCCCCUGCCUGACCGCCGACAGAAACGCCUGAUCUUCACCACCAUCACCGGCAAGAUGAACCUGUCUGAGGAGGUGGACCUGGAGGACUACAUCGCACGACCAGAUAAGAUCUCUGGGGCCGACAUCAACUCCAUCUGUCAGGAGGCUGGAAUGCUGGCGGUCCGUGAGAAUCGCUACAUCGUGCUGGCCAAAGACUUUGAGAAAGCGUACAAGACCGUUAUUAAGAAGGACGAGCAGGAACAUGAAUUCUACAAGUGAGGAGCGAGAGCUUUGCAGGGAGGUCUCGGACUGACAGGGUGGUGUUCACAGCCCCGGGCCUAUCUCGCUUUUGGUCCCCUCCACCCGCUUUUCCUUGGGACCACACAGCACUGUCACUCCCUUGUGGGUUUUUUUAAAAAUAAGUUUCUGAACUGUUUUGUGCGUGUAUGUGUGUGUGUGUGUGUGUGUUCUUAAUUUAACGAAAAAAAAAUGUCGAAUAAAGUUCAUUGCUAGCCACAA